GCCUAAACUCGCUCUUUCUUUUUUCCCAUCAGUUUCUCCUCUGCUCCGUCGUUACUCACUGUUGGCGGAACAAGCCAUUCCAGAUUCUUGCAGGUCUUACAGAAAUUCAGAGUUUGUAGGACUAGAAAUGGCCAUGUUUACCGUCUCGCGUCGACUCCCAUGUGCAUCGACGACGUUGCGAUCAGUGUGGGCUUUGCGUGCCGCUUGCCUGAGGUCCAUCUCAACAUCAUUCAGGGAGGAGAGAGAUACUUUUGGACCGAUCCUUGUUCCCUCUGACAAGUUGUGGGGGGCUCAGACUCAGAGGUCGCUGCAGAACUUUGAUAUCGGUGGCGACCGUGAACAAAUGCCGGAACCAAUCAUUCGUGCCUUUGGCAUUCUUAAGAAAUGUGCAGCCAAGGUGAACAUGGAAUAUGGCCUUGAUCCAUCAAUUGGGAAGGCAAUAAUGCAGGCUGCUCAAGAAGUUUCUGAAGGAAAACUCAAUGAUCAUUUCCCACUUGUGAUAUGGCAGACAGGAAGUGGCACUCAAAGCAACAUGAAUGCUAAUGAGGUUAUUGCAAAUAGAGCAGCUGAAAUUCUUGGUCAUAAACGUGGUGAAAAGUUUGUGCAUCCAAAUGACCAUGUUAAUAGGUCGCAAUCUUCAAAUGACACAUUUCCAACUGUCAUGCACAUUGCUGCAGCAGUUGAAAUAAAUUCAAGGUUUAUACCAAGUUUGAAACAAUUGCAUGCUUCACUAGAUUCAAAGUCUCUUGAAUUUAAAGUUAUUAUUAAGAUUGGACGCACUCACACCCAAGAUGCAACACCUUUAACUCUUGGACAAGAAUUCAGUGGGUAUGCUACUCAAGUAAAAUAUGGAAUUGACAGAAUCAUCUGCACUCUUCCUCGCAUGUAUCAACUUGCACAAGGUGGGACUGCUGUUGGAACGGGACUGAAUACCAAAAAGGGGUUUGAUGUGAAAAUUGCUGCAGCUGUAGCUGAAGAAACUAACCUACCAUUUGUCACAGCUGAAAACAAGUUUGAAGCUCUGGCGGCACAUGAUGCUUUUGUUGAAACAAGUGGAGCCCUAAACACAAUUUCUGCUUCCCUUAUGAAAAUUGCAAAUGAUAUACGUUUAUUAGGGAGUGGUCCACGUUGCGGUCUUGGUGAACUUAUUCUUCCUGAAAAUGAGCCAGGCAGCAGUAUCAUGCCUGGGAAGGUUAACCCAACUCAGUGCGAAGCUCUCACGAUGGUCUGUGCACAGGUUAUGGGAAACCACGUGGCAAUUACGGUUGGUGGAUCAAAUGGCCAUUUUGAGUUGAAUGUAUACAAGCCAUUAAUUGCUAGUGGCCUUCUACGUUCACUGAGGUUGCUUGGUGAUGCAUCUAUUUCCUUCGAGAAGAACUGUGUUAGGGGUAUUCAAGCCAAUCAUGGAAGGAUUUCAAAAUUACUGCAUGAGUCUCUGAUGCUCGUUACAUCUUUGAACCCUAAAAUUGGAUAUGACAAUGCUGCUGCGGUUGCCAAGAAAGCACACAAAGAAGGAACUACCCUGAAGGAGUCUGCAUUGAAACUUGGAGUGCUUGCUUCUGAAGAAUUUGACAAACUCGUGGUGCCUGAAAAGAUGAUUGGUCCCUCUGACUGAUUUGAGAAAGAUAUUGGAGUUCUUACAAAAUCUUCCGAGACUUGACAGCAAAUUGCCCUGAAGUUCCAUUUUUGCACACCAUCUCAUCUCCAGUUGAUUGGAUGGGGGUAGAUACAUAUGAUAUGCAUAUAGCUAAUCAAGCCGUAACAUUGAUGUAUCCUCCACAAAUGUUGUCUUGUUUUGAGUAGGUGAUUUUUGGUUCAUACCACAGGGCAACUGAUACGCAGUUGCAUCAAUUUAAUAAGGAAAUCUCCUGUACCUUUAUAGGAGAGAGAAAUUUGGAGGAAAUAGAAUGGUGGGUUCAUGAGAGACAGAGGGGCCAAAUUCAUCAUGAUGAUGUGCCUAGACUCUAGAAAGGUUCUUCCCUGAAAUAAAUCAAUUAUUGUAAUACAUGAGACUAGCUUUCAUUAUUAUUAUUAUUAUUAUUACUAUU